AUGCCCCCAACGCGUGACGGCUCCGCGGGGACUUGGAUCGAUGCGACGCGAGCGGAGCUUACAUCUACCGAUGAAUGGAACGCUCUGACGAGCGUCAUCUACGAUCGUGUGCAAGAGAGGCUGAAGAGCUGCAAGACAAAGCAAUUCGCGGACCUCUCCGUCGAUGAGCGCGCGCUCGUAAUGGCGCAAGUGGAAAUCGAGCUCUUGCAGCAUCAAGCAUACGGCGCUUUUGUCAAGCGGCUAACGCACACGAUGGAUGCACACUUAACGAAAGAUGUGGACACAGCGUUUGUGCGGCCCGGCAAUACGCUCACAAAACAAGGUCUGGCCAUGGAGUCCGCCGCGAAAGCCGCCAGUGCACUCGUCCAGGACCUUCCUGUAGAGCACCGUAGCAUGCUGCGUCUGCUAUUCAACCAGCCAUUUCCGCCAUCGUUCCGACCGGAGGCGUGGAAACUCUUCUUGAGCGAUCCGACCGCUCGAUUCAAGUACGAAUCCAAGUGCGCCGUCAACCGAAUCAGUACGAUCUCGGUACUCGAUGCACAACUCACACUCAAGUGUCAAACGGUCCUCGACACCUUCCCCAGCUUCGUUCCGUUGCAGUCGCAAAACACCGUGAUGGCCAUGAAGACAGCGCUCUCUUACAUCCACACAAUCACGCCGGACGCGCUCGACACGAUGGGGGAUGCGUACUACGCUUUGAUCCUCCCGUUGUUGUUGGUUUGGCGCGUCACAGACGCCAGCAGUUUGGUCGAGGCGUAUUCUGUGCUGCUCGCCCUUGCACGCCCGGUGGUCCUGGAUGACGCUUUCACGUCGACCGUCGUCCAUCGGCUCAACUCUAUCGACGCCUCGUUCGUCGCUGCGCUCACAGCCCUCUUUCCACCCGAGUCCCCGCCCCUGGCAUCGUGGACGGAGAUGCUCCAGCCUCACGCCGACCGCGUCUUUGUCGGCGUCACGACCCCCGACACGCUGCUCUUCAUCUGGGACCAACUCUUUCUUGUGGGUCAUGGCCGGCUGCUGCCAGAGCUGUGCGCGGCCUUCUUGACCAUCCUCCAACCGCAGUGGACUUUCUGCACAACCUUUGCCAGUCUUGUAUCGACCAUUACGUCGCUGAGCGCGACCGUGCAAGUGUGGCAGCUUCAAGACUGGAUCACCAAAUACGCAGCGACGAGUCUUUGCCACGACUUGGACAUUGAGACGGUCUCUACGGACUAUCUCACUGCCCCGUCGUCGGAAUUGUCGCCAAGAGUCAACUCCCCCGCCCAUGAGCCUCUUGAGGCUCCAUCGUCUGCCCCCCCGAUGACUGGUCGUCGAUCCGCCCCAACGAGUCCCCGUCGAGGUGUCCCUCCCGGCCCUCCCUCCAUUGCCGAAAACAUCUUUGCCCCAUUCGUGGUCGAAUUCGAAUCGGCCUUGACUGCCUUGUUCGCGGGCACUCGCGACGGCGACAUGGAGCAGCAGUGCAUCGACCUGAAAAUGGCGGCAGAGGCACACGCCAAUGGGUUUGACAGCCACGUGCGGGCGUUCCAAGAUGCCAUCACGUCAGUCUUUCUCGACAACAGCCCGCCCAUUCGGAGCGCCGCGACCGCCGAGGAGUGUUUUCAGGCCGACUUGGUGGUGCAAUGCCAAAAAGCCGUGUUUGGCCGCACGUACACGCCGAUCGACGUGCGCGACCUCACUGGCAAGGCCAAGGCAUCGUAUGAGAAGAAGCUGCCGAAGUACGUGGCUGCCUACACCCAGAAGCUGGCGAAAGCCCGCAAAUGAGCAGGUCGUGCUUAUGUGUCGUUAAGCGCCAUGUCUGUGGACGAAAAUCGACGCAGCGCCGGCGCCGCCGACGC